UAUCAGACAGUUGGUUGUAUACGAGCGGCGGGAGUCGACGGCGCGCGGGCGGCGCGCGGGCGGCAGGCGGCGGCCACUCGAUUCUUCCAUACAGAGUGAAACUUUCCAGAUAGAACAAUAGAUUCCAAAGUUCCGCCGAAGAGGAAUUUUCAAAGCUUAAUCAAGUUAAACCGGCCGUUGUUAAAAAUGUUUCAAUUAGGCCAUUAAUUAACAAGUAAGUAUGCGAAAACUGAGACGUUGUUUGAAGUCCAAGUUACGAUGAGGACGACUACAAAGCAGGUCAGAUGGGCCCGGCGAGUUCAGCCGAGUCGAAGGCGAUGCGAUGGAUAGUGAACCUCCUCGGUAAACAGUAUGUGAUUGGCUGCGUGUUCUAAUGUUUAGUUGAAUGGAUCGUUUGCGUUAACCGAACCGGAACGAUGUGUGCUGGUGUAUGCUCACACUACAUUAUUUUAAUAACUUCUCUCUGGUGUUGCCAUUCAAAUUAGUAGCUGCGGUUUGUUUGAUCAUGAUUGGUUCGAAACAUAUGUUUGAGUCUAACAUAAAAUUGAUUUUUGGAGUGAUACAUUAUUAACACUAAUAAAAUUGAUGUCUUGGCAUCGUUGUUGCCUUAUUCAAUAAAACAAAUGUAUAAUAUUUAUUGUCUUGGUGUCUGCUUUACAUAUUCAAUCAUCUUGUUUUCCUGCCCAUGCCUCACCAAGAGUUAACUCAAUGUGUCCCUGAAGUUUGCGCAGAUGACCGUAAAUCCUGUGAUGUGGAACAAUUGGUAAUUUUCAAUAACUCUCGUCAAAGUUAUGAGUACGUUAGUGUAUGCUCGUGUACACAAACAACUUGUUCACGCAUGGCUUGAUUUCAUUCCGUAAACGUCUGUAACUUAUAAACUAGUUGGCCUAAAUGCCGCCUAAAAAACAUCGAACAUGUUUACGUGGAAGCCGCCCCUCAUGCGGCAAUAAGUCAAAAACUUUUUUGUUAUGUCGGUGGCGCGGGCCCGGGGUGUCGAAAUCGGCACAUUUGCUAAAGUGUUCCACUAACUUUCUCCAUAUGAACUCGAGUGUAGUCGAGUUAACUUUUUAUAACCCGCGCUUUUGUAUUCCCAGAUUUGACAACUUCCACUUCGACCCUCCGCCAUAUUUUACGGCGCAUUCGUAGUCCUUGUCCGGACUACAUGCAAUCUCUAGUCGUUUGUUCCCAUCGCCGGUUUAUUCCAUUUAAUCUUAUUUUCUUCUUGUUUCUUAUAUUUUAUUUGAAAAUGUAUUGUUCAUUCGUCAAUAAAUACGCUUAAAUCAUUGCUUUCGUAUGCGAGGUAUACGUAAAAUUAUAUUCUUAUAUUCAACAAAAAAUAAUCAGUAAGACAUGAAGAGCAACAAAAUGUACUUCCGCAAUCAGAACGAUCACUUGGAAAAUUUGUAGAGUCAAGUAAAGACGUAUGAAACACCGGGCGUCAUUUUCUUCAUUACAAUUUACGUAAUAACUUCGGAAGGAAAAUUAGCUGAGUUAUGCCCCGAAAUUCCUUCCGAUUUAUUGCUAAACAAUCAAAGCAGUUGCCUACGCAGCGGGGCCCGGCUUCGGCGAGAGUUUCACAAAAUUUUCCACUUCUUACUAAACUCCAAUAAACUUUACAAAAGACAGACGUUAAUGAACCCUGUACUUGUUAAUUUUUCGUUUAACUUUGAAUUUGUGCGGCUUCUAAUCGAUGAGAUGAUAGAAAUUGAAUGUUUUGCCCACUGACAGUCCGCUGAGGCUGGUGGCAGAGGGGAAACUUUUAUAAUCGAAUUUAAAUAACAAUAAAGCCGAGAGCUCUUAGCUGACAAACACGAGUGGGACAAUUUAAGCAGUUUGUUAAUGUGGUGAGCGGCGGCGUCUCGGAUGUGCGCCGAGCUCGGGAGGCGCGUGCUCGGCUACAGCCGUCCGCCCGCACCACCGCCGAGACAAACGCAAAUAAUGUCACCUCCACAUUUAAAUUUGAAUUAGUAUCGAAAUUCUCACACUGAUAUGGUAUUUAUCACAAAAAUAUCCAUUCACUUCGAUAGAGUUAAAUAGUUUCAAAUUACAGAGUAUUUAUUUCAUAUAGGUGUAGGAUACCUAUCUAAGUGAAAUGAAAAAUAUAAUAUGUCUAAAUUAUUAUUUUCAAACAACAGUUUUUUAUUAGUACAAAAGAAAAUAGUUUAGCUGAGGUAAGUUUCUUCGUUUCUAUUUAUUAUUGUGGGACGUACAGAAUUUUCUGUGGUUACGUUCUUGUGUACAGCGAAAGCACUAAUAUUGGCAACUUGCUCGAUAAGUCAAAAGUUGGCAAGAGUCACCGCUGAAGUUCAAGUGACGUCAAUUACUGCCGCCACAUCAAUUCGUUCCUCUUCCUUAUUUCAAUGUGAUUUGUGUUCGCGUUACCGUUGAGUUUAUACUGCGACAUGGACUGCCAGUCCUUGGAGUUUGAAUUAGGUUUGGUUUGUUGUUUGUCUCUUCAAGUUUUCGUGUUUUAUUUAGUGAAGUGGUCGACUAGUAGCUCGCCGGCGACAGAAAACUCAUCGCGAAAUUGAAAGAACUUUUAUGUGUUAUUGAAGAACUCAAACUAAAAUGAUCAAACCAAACUAUGAAAAUAAACUGGUUUUCACUUAGAACAUACCUAGUAUAUUUAAUAAUUAAGUUUCACAGAAAGCAUUGCACCUGUGUUACAGACAGUAUCGGUGACACCUCAUACCACGUGCCCUUCAUUACGUUUACCAGUAAACAGUGUCCCGCAGCCAGUGAUCUAAUCACUCGUACACCACCCCCUCACCCCGUCCGCACUAUAUGCGGCGCUUUGUUCCCCAGAUUGCGCGCUACGUAUCGCAUCUUAAACUCUCUUAAUAAACGUAAAUCCAGUACAAAGUGAACUGUAUUUCGACUGCGGCUCACCGAAGAUUUGUAACCGGCUACAGAUAUAAAUCCACCGAAUUGCGAGCUCCGGAGCCGCCCUGCCACGCCCUCCAAACACUGACGAUUUAAACUAACACCGUUAUAUUACAACAGACGCUUCGCAGUUACUCAGACCUUAAAAAGUUUAAAGUUAUUUUACCGCGAAGUAGGACACAAGUGUAAUAGACUAUCAGCUUAUCUAGAGUUAAGAUGGAAGGCUCCAGAGAAAAUGGCUUAGUUAUUCGUAAGUUGGCACGGCACCGCGCCGCGCACUGCUCGCUCUCCGCCCGCCGAUGCUGUAUGGCUGCGUGUCUCGUUUUGUCAACUAUUAUCUUUACGUCUUCUCAUAAUUGCUAUUAAGGCUGGCUAUUGACAAUUUCAGAUUACACGAUUACGAUUUUAUCGUUGUCUUAGAGUUUUUACCAAGCUAUUCUAGUAACUACGUCUGAAAAAUUACUAUUCCAAAAUAUUACUUCUUAAACUUUUCCUUAGUUAAAUAUAUGCAAGCCCCCACUAAAGAAGUACAACUACUGUGUUUUACAGAUUGCUUAGAAACCAAGUACUUUGCGCUUAAAAAGUAUUGCUUGAAAUAUAAACAGUCAUGUUUAGUUAUGUGCCUAAAUGUGUCCAACAACGUCUUUGUACAAAAGUGGUUGCGAGAGUACUUCUCUGUCUAUCCUCAAAGGAAUUAGGGAUACCGACAUAACACACAUUUUCACAUACAUUUUCCUUCAAGUUUUUCUUUUACUUUCCUCAUGCGGUGCUGUUCGUAUUGGGAAUACCAUGAUAAUAUUACGCUAAUGCUUUUACUCCUUUGUUACUUGAAGUUAAUCCCAUUCUCAUUAGACCUAAUGAAUGUAAUUUUAUCGCAAUUAAGUAUUCCACGUUUUAACAUUUCCUUUAUUACACUUAUUUUUUUAAAGCUUUAUAUAUUUAAAAUGUGGGAGGUAUCGCGCGGGCCAGGUAGCUAAUACGACAUAGGAAUGAUUAAUUUGUGUCGGGCACGUGUUGCAAGCAGGCUUAACCCGGAGCCAAACCUACGACGCCCCCCCUCCGUACACUCCCUGCCCCUCGCCACCCGGAGCUGAUGUAUGGACCCCACGUGGACAGCCUACACUAGCCGAAUUAGCAAGCGCUGUAGAAAUACUAAAAAUAUUCAACAAAAAAUGCUUGGCGUGUGAUAAGACACUAAUAAUUCAAAUGCAAAUCAUGUAUAAAAAGCUGCUUAGGUGGGACCUCCCAGCACUGUUUCUGGAAUAUUUCGCGGUCAAAAUAGCUUUCCAGUUACAAUCGAAGUUUUGGGAACUGGCAAAUUUGAGUUCUCUUGUUGUUCUAGAACACGUCAUCUUUAUUCCUUUCUGUCGUUCCUUCGUUCUGUUUUAUCGAUGCCUAGUAAAACACGUACUACUAAUAGCUGGACGACAUUGAGGGGCGGUGUCAAGAGCAAGUGUGACGUCACGGGUAUAAAUCAAGCGAGCUCCCCGGAGCCGGGUCGUCGUCGCCGGGAAUAUCAAGUGAUGUAUCAGUGCAGGCGUAGCACCUGCUAAGAGUACAUAGCGCGUAGGACAGUAGAGGGAAGUGGCACUGACUGAGUGUUAUUAUAACAUCAGAUUUUAAAAUCAGUCUGUCAUUGUUCAGAUUCAGAGAGAAUCAGUCUGGUAUUGUUUGUUAUAACCAACGGCCAAGAACAAUAUUAAAGACAUAUCUUUUUUUGUUUUAAAUAAUGUCGGUGGUAUUUGUUCCAGUAUUACAGUAGACUACUGGCACUCCCCUCUACUUUUCUAAGUGAAUGAGUGAGGAAUGAGACUCAUUUACUCAACAUUUUUUACCGCAUGACAAUUGUAGGCACUUAGUUAAUGAUGUAAAUCCUUCAAUCCUACAUUAUCUUAUUCUUGUCUAGCCCGUCUAACUCCGGCAAGUUAAGGGCAAUUUAGAUAAGUGUAGGAACAGCAUAUUAUAUCAGUUGUCUCCAUUUUAGUGAGAGCACCGUAAUCACUAAUCCGUUUACGAUGCGUUGUUAUAGCGAUAUUAACUCGGUGUAACUGCUGGUCGUGUGUAAGGAGGGCCAUAUUAACCGCCGACCGUACGCUCCGCAAGGAGGUCGAAUUAAGGAGCACAUUUAUAGGGUGAUAUGACUACAGAGUUAUAACGGUACUAAAAUAGACUCGCUAUAAACUCCCACCGAGUACACACUAAUCAAAUUCCUGUUCAGGGUGUUCAUUUUGAUUGAUGAAUUUUUCAUUUUAGAUUGAGGUUGUGGAGUAUCGAAUUUGUUUUGUAUUAAUUGAGCUUUUAGAUAGUCACGUGGCUUUAUUAUUAACUUUUGUGAUUGAAUAGGCGUGAUUAGGUUUUGACUAAACAUAUAUUGAAGAACAAUUUUUUCAUACAAACUGAAACCUUUGAAGAUAGAUCUUAUCGCUACAAGUAAAAAAAAAAUCAUAGCUUUAUAUCUCUCUAACUAAAGCAUGCUUUCCUAAAUCAUAAAUUAUCCUUCUAAAGCUAGUCAAAAUCAUGCAAACUAUAGUCCAAUACAAAAUCAUUGAUGUGCCACUAAAGGAGUGGCUAGAGUAACAAAUGCCAGCACCAUAUCACGUAAUUAUUUGAAUGUGUCGGACAGCGCGCGGCGGCGGGCGGCGCCGGGCCGCGUGUUUGUGUCACAUUACACGCUCGCCGGCACGGAACAUUGAGCAUUCAGCCUAUUGGCACUACGACUGACAUUUUAAAUUAUUUCAUGAAAUUGGUACGCGCCGAUACGUUUGGAUCAUCAAUAUUUGUUUACAUUGCAGAGCUUUUUGAAGGUAUUUUUAUAAAUUACGUCACGUACGUAUCUUGUCAAUUGUUUGAUUGCCUCUCUAUCCUUGUUUCAAACCAUCAGGUGAAAGUGUAAAGCAAUGACCAAUAGUAUUUUGUAAUAAUUCACACCAAGCAAAUAAAUGUAAAAGAGUAUCUUUUGAGAGUGUUAGUUUUGCACAUUAAUAUUUCGGUACACAAAAGCGACUGGACAAAUUAAUAAAAAGGAGACAGAUAUAACACUAGGUUGCUGUUAGAUAUCUACAAAAUCAAGCUCACGAUAAUAAGGGACACACUUUUAUUAUAAGGUUGCGAACUAAACCAAUUAACUAAGCUAUCGAAAGUACUUUGAGUGUUCUAAAAAAAACCGUGUAACGAGGUCCGGAUAUAAAUAGGUUAGUCAAUCAAUAGGGAACCUCGUCGCGAGCUCGAGAGCAUGCCAUAAUGAAACAUUAGUUUUUGCCGGCGCUUCAGGGUUAAUGAUUUUUUGUCCCUACGUAAUGAUUUUGAGGGACGAGUCCAAGACUAAUGAUAUUUAGUCGGAGCGGCUCGGUCAGCACAGAUAACUCAGCAAGAACUCCAUUAAUCAUUGAAGACGCACCGACCACGCCGCCGUGGUGCUCACUUGUUUUACACGACUCCUCAACAAAAAGGAUCUAUUGGGAAUUCCCGGUAUUCAGCUCUCCUACCUUCCAUAAUAAAGAAUCUCGGUCAAGAAAAUUUUAAGUCCUCUUUUGAUGUUGCCGAAGUUACGAUCCACUCUUUGACUUAAAGUACGCCCAAGAAACUAGGUUAAUCCUUCGUAAUCCUCAGUUUUAGUACACGUCUUUAUUCCGUAGCACGUUUAGUGUGCAAUAGUUUAAAAAUUUAGACGGAAACCAGGUGUUCUGGUACAGUUGUGACGUAAAUUGCGAUGUCAGCGCGUAAAGCGGUCUAUUAUUAAAGGCAACAAACUACUCUAACCUAUCCGGUUCAUCAAAAAUUAACAAAGCGGGUCUCGACGCGCGCAUUACUCGUCGACUGUGCGCUGUACGUGAGUGUACGUGUACACACUCGUGGCGGUGAGCGUACCGGGGCGCGCGGCCACGGCGGGAGAUCUGCCGCUCUAUGUCACAUACACAUGUUUUAAUUACUCCUGCUGUGUACCAGACUAGAGAAAAUAUUAGAGCUUGAGGUACAGACAUUUUUAUAUGAGAAACGUUUUACUAAGUGUUGAGAACAUUUUAGUAUUUUAGUUACAUGACAAUACCAAAACACAAACAUAGUUGAAUAACUAGCGACAUGGUAACUGAAAUGAUCGACCUAUUUACUUCUAUUAGCAAUAAUGGUCAUUAUAAUAAAUGUAUAGCUUCAAUUUUAAUGAAUCAUCUUUAAAAUAAUUUUCCAACAUUACCACAAUCACAUUAAAAUAUGAGUCUAAAAAGAUACCUAAAGCAUUGUAAAUAUUGAAUAAACCAGUCUCUUAUUUAGUUAUCACUAAGUAUCCAGUCAUUAUGAUAUAAACUAUUCACCCGGCUCCACCCGGCAUCCUUCAUCCCCGUGGGGUCCACCACAUCCGCUGAGGUUUAAUUGACCUGAAGACGAGUUGCGUAUGACCUCAAUUUUCCGACCCUUGGCUCUGUGACGUACAAUGUACUUUUUAACGGACCCUUACAGGGAGGGACUUCGAACUGAAGUAAUGAGGUAAUUAGAGAGACCUCCGCUCCGCUCCGCAUGACGGAGACUCACGGACUAAUCAUGACAAUUAGCUCCGAACUGGGAACUUAAAAGGUAGAAUUUCCAACAUUCGUUAGCAUAAUUAUACGAAAUCAUUACUUCCAAUCAAACCGUAGUCAUAAUAAUCUGAACUUGUAUAAUUACGACACUAAUAGAUGUAUUUACUUUGGGAAUUUUCCACCGAUGUUUGCCGAAAACUUAUAUCGAAUUUGAAUAUUUUCGCAAACGAUAGAAUAUCAGGAAACCUGAAAAGUGUCUGUAUCCUAUAUGUACGAUAUCAGUUUCUAGCUACUAUAAUGUUUGAAUAGUAAUUAUAUUUGAACACAUCGGAUUGAAGCCUCUCGUCUUAUUUAUCAGGCCAUUACAGUUAUGGCAGUGAGUCUUACCAUGGAGUUUGGUUGUGAACCACACAGCUGCUUCAUGCUGAACACGUGGUUCAACUGAACGUUGUAAGACUGAUAAUCGACCUCAAGGUAGUUUUAUCGUUGGAUGUUUGCAAGACGUCACUGUGUUAGUUAUAUCUCACAUACAUACAUUGCUAACAAUGAAUCUUCUCCGUCUAUACUGAAUAUCCUAGUUGUUAGGAAUCUGACUGCUAUACCAGAAAUCGUGUAUCCGAUAUUCGCCCCUGAUAAAACCUCUGUACUGCUGGGUCAUCGUAAAUCCAACUAAUUUUGACAAUGUUUUGUAAACGAACAAUUUUCAUUAAAUAAAUUGUAGAGCAUACCUUUGCUAUAGAAUCCCCUCAUAACUUAUGCCGGGCACAGACCGCUGACAAUUUCUCGUUUUUUCCUCAUUAGCAUUUGUGAAGCGAUUGUCGUUAAGACCACACAACACAGGUUACUCAAAAAUAUGAGACAAUUUUAAAAUAGUCACAGAAACUUAAUGAAAAAGGCAUAUCAAAUGUCGGUUACAUCAACAUACGAGUAUAGUCGAAUUCCUACCAAAAAAAGUAAAUUAUAUAGACCAGAAGGUAUGUAUAUAACGUCAAUUUAUAUCAAGGUUGCUUUGUCUGUAAAUAUGUAUAAUUUUGUCUAAAGACUCGCGAAUUAAACAGGUCUGAAGGGUUCCAAAUACGUAAAAUAAUAUAAGUUUAAUCAAAGACGAAGUCAAGAAUCAGAGUUGCGUAAACACGAAAUCCGUUGGAAUCUGUUUCGAAGUCGCAAAUGUAUUAAGGUAUGUAAAUAUGUUCACGAAGUUUAUAUCGGUAUCAAACUCCCACCGGUAUCGGGAUAGUUAAAACUCACAGAUCAUUUGGUUCGGUCGCAAACUAUCCUAAUUGCAGGCGGUUUUAGAUAUCGCUCUGAAAUACGCCGCGACGCGGGCAGCAGUGGAUACCGGCGCAAUCAAUGGGCGCUACAUCAUUCUGGAAUAGAAUAUUAAUAUGAAUUUAUAGGUAAACCCAGUUCUAUAAUGGCAGGAUACUGUGAAGUAAGCUUUCCACGUUGAGAAAUGUACAAUUGAUAUUUUUAUUUAAUAACUACAAACAGCCGUAUCCAUGUAAUUAUUUAACAAGUCUCGAAUAUUUGCCGAAGCCAUGAUUUUUGUUAAAAAUAUCCAAAACUAAAGUGGCGGUGUGACUUUAAGGAACUAAGUGAGUAAAGACUAACGCUAAGAAAUGCUACCAGCUAUUUUAAAAGUUUCCCACAUUCGAGUCUUCCUCAAAAAUUCAAUGAUACAUUGCAGCAAGAACACAAUCAACAUUUUAAAACAAUCCUUUUUCUUCCCUAAGUAUCAUUGACAACUCUACUUACGCCGAUAAAUACAAACCUACCUCUGUUUAUUGAAAUAAAUUGGAAAGCUAUCAGCAUUCCGGCCCCAGUAUAAUGCGGCCCCACGAACUAAAAACUACACGAAACUCCGGCGAUAUUUCACGUAGCAUUCAGCUCUAUCAUUUGUUUUUUCAUCAGGGGUUCAAAAGUUGUGUUCCCGAGCGGCGCCGGGGGGCGCACCUAUACUAACGAGUGUUGGUGUUGUGCGAUAACCACCUACUUUAUAUACUUGUUAACUACUGUUAUUUAGUUGGUAUCUCGACUUAUUUCGUAAUGUACGGCGGUGCCUAUCGGAUAAACUUUGCCACAGCGAUAAGUAUUAAGCCGUUUGGUUAAGUAAUGAGGGUUUGUGUUUAAACGCGUUCCAAUUGUCACCUUCUGUUAUUAAUAGCUUUCAAAUAUAGAUACAACAUUUAGCUAGCUUGCCUUUGUUGAAUAUAUUGGAGGCACAAUUUUUAUAUUUACUUUACCUACAUUUAUAUUGUGCUGGAUCUAAAAAUUAUUUAUUCAAUUUUGUGAAUUUCGUGUUUUGAUUUAAAAGAUACUAAUUUUAAAAUUUCUUUCUCUUGCAGGGUGAGCCGAGUGUAUUAAAAUACUUUUGAAAAAUCACAGCAGUGGUGAGUGACAUUUACUACACCCACUUUUCCUAAAAUACAAUAAUUUCAUUCGUGCCUUGUUUAACAAAGACUGUAAGAUUAUAAAAUAUACGUAAACAAGACACAAGAUGUAAGAAAUACGGAUCGUAACCUCCUUCUUGUUAUAUAAGACUCCGGAAUUAUAGAAGGCCAGUUAUUCCAGGCCCGGGGCACAACAUCACGAUCUUUUUGUUCGAUUUUCUGCAAAAAUAGGUUAUUGUGAGCAAGUAGCGUUCCAGUAUUAUGAUAAUAUUGUAUCUGGACUAUCAGACUAUAGCUCCUAUAAAAUAUUCAUGAAAUAAGAAUGUUAGUCCGCAGAUUAUAUUCCUGUGCGCUCAUACUUAUCGUAGAAUAUUGCAUAAUACUGCUUUUAAUGGGUAAACAUCUAAAUUUAUAUAGAUUCUAGCUUUCAUGUACUUUAAAAUUAUAGUUUCAAGUCUCUCUUCAGAAACAGUAGUUUUCAUUCUACAUUCACACAGAACUAUGUAGUAAGAACAUUUGGGAUAAUUAUCAAUAAAAAGGAGUGAUUUCUGGAAAAUAAUACUUGUUACAUUAGGUUAUGCGGGCCUUACCUCGCCGCUAAACUCUAUGGGGUUACCACUUCAUAAAAUGUCGUGUUUUGGACUAUGGUGUCUAUUAGUAAUUAAAAAGGUACAUACCUAUAUAAAACCUUAUUUUCUUAAAUUAGUCAAUUCGCUCUUUACCACAGUGUUCAUAGUAUUAGUAUGCAGAGCAGGCAUGUAUGUCAGCCUCCAUCAUCCGCAUUACGCAGGCGUGUUGAAAGUUGUGUGUUUACAUGUAGCGGCUGCUCCCUGGACGCGGGUCCCGGCGGACGCGGCCAGCACCUGCGACCUCGCUGCUACCUCGCCGGUGAUGUGCGUGUGUUCUACAUACUGUAGGUGGCAGUUCUGCCCAGUGAUGUAAGACGGAGGUGCGAUGAAGGCGCGGAGAUGAGCGCGCGCGGCCGUGAGCGGCGAUGACGCGGGCAUGAGACAUCGACGCGUUGCCAUGACAACCAACAUGCUGCUCUCGCUGCUGCUGCACUGCUUCUACGUCGCCACCACGGCCUCGAUACCCAGUGGAGGUGUAGGCGUGCUUGCGGGCGUGGGCGGCGGCGAGGGCGCGCGCCCCGAGCGGCCUUACUUCGACGACGUGUCGCCGCGGAACGUGUCCGCCGUCGUCGGGCAGGCGGCCGUGCUGCGGUGCCGCGCCAAACACAUAGGGAAUAGAACUGUAUCAUGGAUGAGAAAACGUGACCUGCAUAUCCUGACCUCCCACAUCUUCACGUACACUGGGGACGCGAGGUUCAGCGUGCUGCACCCAGAACCGUCAGACGACUGGGACCUGAAGAUAGACUACGUCCAGCCGCGCGACGCGGGCGUCUACGAGUGCCAGAUCAACACUGAACCAAAAAUCAACAUGGCCGUCAUCCUAUCAGUCGAAGAUGAGUCCCUCAUCCCCGCGACCUCGGCCCCGCCCCGCUCCUCAGCGGCGGCAGCCACCAUAUGGGGUUCGCAAGACGUGUACGUGAAGAAAGGCAGCACAAUAUCGCUGACGUGCUCAGUGAAUGUGCACUCGUCGCCGCCUUCCACUGCCUCAAUUUUAUGGUACCACGGCAACUCGGUGGUGGACUUCGACUCGCCCCGCGGGGGCAUCAGCCUGGAGACGGAGAAGACGGAGGGGGGCACGACCAGCAAGCUGCUGGUCACCAAGGCCGCGCUCACCGACUCCGGGAACUACACGUGCGUGCCCAACAACGCGCAUCCGGCAUCCGUGUCCGUGCACGUGCUCAAUGGUGAGCACCCAGCAGCGAUGCAGACGAGCAACCGAGCGUCGUCCUACCUCACGUCACAGCUGAGCUGUGCCAUCGUCACCUACCUACUGUCGUCCGCCGUCUGCAGAUGAUCGGCUUGGCCCACACACGCCCAAGGGGGCCUGGAGCUAUUUACUUUUUAAUCAUACACUUUAUUACUCACACUCUGUUUGGUACCCUCAAACACGAAACAUUCCACUUUAUAAAUACAUUAUUUUUUUAAUCAACUUUUGCUCAGUUAAUUUUUACUUGUUAGAGUUGCGUUUGAAUUUAAAACAUCUAAAUCUAAUUUACGACUGACGUUAUUUGAUUAGCGUAAUUAAAUGUACAAAUCCUUUCGCUAUGUAAUACCGUUUCAAUAUUGAAACAGGAUUCGGAUGUUCCUCCCAAUCCUCUUUUACUGUCAUCACAAAUAUCAGUCUAUAUAGACGGACAAAUUGAGUUACUUCAUUACUUACAGACUGAAAUACUCUUUUGGACGAACGGACAGAUAGCUGUGAAACAAAUUGUGAUAUGUUAUUUUUAAAGUUAUAUACAUUUUUAUUAGAAAUAACAAAGCUCCAACCCUCUCUAAAGUUAUAGAAUUAAAAUUAAAUUUAACUAGUAAAAAUAUAGGGAAUUGUUAUAAAAUAAUUGUCAUUUUUGCAAAAACUCGUGAUUACAUUACUCGGCAGUAUUAUUUUAUGUGGAGAAUAAAUUAAAUUUAUUUCGACUAGUUUAACAUUGCUCAUUUGAAUAAAGUAUUAUUAUUUUAAUUAGGAACUCGACUUGUUUUGUUAUGACGAAUUAUAAUUUAAGACGCAACUAAAUGUAAAACAUUUUUUGUAAAUAAAAUUAACUAUACGUAAUAAUGUAGAGUAAAGGGUUUAUAUCAGAUCGCAAUGUAAAUAUUUCGUAUUGUUGUAAAUACAAAAUAAACGAGUUUAAUGAUAAGAUUGGAUAUUAUAGGUUUAGUGGUUCUACCAUUCGAGUGGUGAAAAACUGUUUUACUUUGUUUACGUUCCUAGAACAACUUGUUUAAAAUAAAUGCUCUUAAGCGUGUUCUCAUCAGAAAGGAAACAUUUUUACAAUCUCUUUGAGUUUAAAGUUCAAAAGAUUACUGCUACAGGUUUCUAAGAAAGCUUAAUAUAAGUAUUCUUUCAAUAUGAAUUGUCGUAUUUUUGCAUUUUAAUUUCUAUGUUUAAAUCAUCCACAUACUUUAACUCAUAUUAUUAAAACAUUGUGCAUUACUGUUCUGAUUAAUACAUUUCUAUCCGUUUUAUGGCAAAAUCUCCAUAAUAUGAAACAUUAUAUUAUAUCUCUACUUGUUAGCAGAAAUAGUAAAUUAAACAUAAAAUUGGAUUCCCCCUCUCGAUGAUCGUAUAGUAUAACAGAAUACGUGAAAAUAAAAUACAUUAAAUUCCGCGUACACAAACUCGCACAUAAAUUAUAUGCGUAUAUUUAUCCUUAAGAAGGGUACACACUGAAUGUUUAAAUUACGCAGCAUGUUCAGUAAAGAGUGUUUGAGGUAAACAAAAGCUCGCGAACUCCCCCCCCCCCCCUCAUACGCCGCUCACCUGUGGGCGAUGCACCGUCAACUAAGUUUAUGUUGAGAAUCUCAAACAGGCAAGUUGCCCAACAAGCCUAUCGUGUAACUUCACCCUUACACGUCAAACAAGCUACACAACACCCCGCUUUGUACAGAACCCGCGCUUUUACAGCUAACAACACACACGUAGGUACAUUCCAUCGAUGUUUCUGAUGCGAACACGCACCAACUGUAAUUACUAGGGAAUAACGACAAAUAAUUAUUAAGAAUCUAUUGACUGUUUUCCACUAAAACUUUUAUGUAUAAACUGAAUUUGCAUCGCAAGUAAUAGAAUUUAAUUUCCAUGUUAAUCUAGAUCCGUAUAGACUCAAUUUGCGUUGCGUAAAACGAGACUUAUUAGGUUUUCGCCGGGGUACAUUUGGGGCCGGCGGGGGUGC